AUGCCCCGAAUUCCCACAACAUCUCCUGCAACCGGCGCACCGCUGCCAGCCCACUACAUCCACACACUCGACUCCAAUUUCGUCGACCAAAACUCCAGAGUGCGCAUCUUGCGUGGUGUAAACUUGUGCGGGUCCAGCAAAGCUCCCGUCGGCCAACCGAGCUGGAUGCUCGACGGGUUCUGGGAAGCCGUCGAAGCAGGCGACGGUCAGAGUUUUAUCGGAAGGCCGCUCGAAUUGACAAAGGACGAGAUUCGGCGCAUGAACAUUCCGCAUCAUGGCCCAGACGGCCAGCAGCAGCAACAGCCCCUCCGGUUUGACCUAGGCUCACUUGGCGACAUGGGCGAGGCCGAUAUCCACCUUGCAAGACUCCGUGGCUGGGGGUUUACUCUCCUCAGGUUUGUUUUUACCUGGGAGGCCCUCGAACAUGCUGGACCGAAACAAUACGACGAAGAGUUUAUUCAACAUCUUGUACGCAUUUUACAACGCUGUAAAGCCCAUGGCUUUCUCGUCUUUCUCGACCCACAUCAGGACGUCUGGUCCCGCUUUACUGGAGGCUCUGGAGCACCAUAUUGGACUCUUAUCGCAUGUGGAAUGAAUCCUAGGUCCCUAACAGCCACACAAGCUGCGCUCCUACACAACGAAUAUCCAGCACCAGCCCAGCCCACCCCGGAAUCCUUUCCCGCCAUGAUCUGGGGCACAAACUAUUCACGCCUCGCAUCUCAAACCCUCUUCACCCUCUUCUUCGCCGGGCGACACUUUGCGCCCAAAUGUAUCAUCGACGGCAUGAACAUUCAAGACUAUCUCCAGUCGCAUUUCAUCAACGCUGUCGCCCAUCUCGGGAGACGGUUGCGCGAAGCAGGAGGGUUAUUGGAUGAGUGUGUGAUCGGAUGGGAUUCUAUAAACGAGCCAUUCGAGGGGAUGAUCGGGUACGAAGACCUAAGGCGGAUCGCUCCGCAGCAGGCACUCAAAAAGGGCAGUACGCCUUCGCCCGCGCAGUCCUUCCGACUCGGAAUGGGGAUAAAGCAAGAGGAUAUCGAGUGGUGGGACUUUGGUAGCUUUGGUCCACGGCGGAACGGGAGCGUCGAUAUUGAUCCCAAUGGCGUCAAGUUGUGGGUCGAACCAGAGCUGGCGGAUGAAGUCGAUGGUGUGAAUGGAAGAUGGGGGUGGACGCGCUCAGCAGAGUGGAAACUUGGUCAGUGUAUCUGGGCACUCCAUGGUGUUUGGGACCCGUCCCAAUCGACCCCCGACGGACGCUCUCCACCACCUGCUCCUGGCUCGACACGCGCACCUCAGGCUCCCAAAGAUGCCGACAUUCUCAUCCCCGACUAUUUCCUCUACAAGCUAACAGACGAUCCUACCGACGAAAAGUUCAAGGUCGACUUUGCAGAAGAGUAUUUCCGACCGCAUAUCAAAGACUAUUUCGCGGCGUUGCGCGUGCAUCAUCCAGAGCUUAUUCCCUUUGUCCAGCCACCCGUCUUUCACCCGCCACCGCUUCUCGAGGAGAUUGAUGACGACGAUCCGUCGAGUGACAUCUUACUUGGACGUGGAUGCUUUUCGACACACUACUAUGAUGGUCUCACGCUCAUGACGAGACAUUGGAACUGGUUCAACGCCGAUGCACUCGGUGUCCUUCGAGGCAAGUACAGUAGUCCAGUUUUUGCGGUUAAAGUUGGAGAAAAGGCGAUUCGAAAGUCGAUUCGAGAGCAGCUUGGUGUGCUCAAGGGAGAUGCUCUGCGCAUGGGCGCAUUCCCGACUGUCAUUGGAGAGAUUGGUAUUCCGAUGGAGUUGGAUGACAAGUAUAGCUACGGUGGACGUGACGGAAAAGGAAAGGGCAGAGGCGACUAUCGAGAACAGGUCAAAGCUCUCGAUGCCUCGUUAUCUGCUGCAGACGGAGAUAAUCUGCUCUCGUAUACGACCUGGACGUAUUGUCCCGACAGCUCUCACAAAUGGGGCGACGGCUGGAAUCUCGAAGAUCUUUCUCUCUGGAGUGCAGACGACGAGCGCAAGACUGGUUCGAUCUCCGGCCUCAAGAAGGACGUUGGGCUUGUACGGAGCAACCAUGCCGCGACGGCACCACGCGACGAGAAGCACCGAGUUUCCGCGAUUGUUCAAGCGGUCGAAGAUGACGAUACCAACACUGAAGACGAGCAAAUCCGAAUCGACUUGCCGACUCUCUCGAGUAAAGGAACCGAGCUAGUGGGAUUCCAAGUCUCGAGUAAGACUCUUACUCUGUCGGACCUAGUCAAGCCAUACUCGAGUCCGCCUGUAUCCUUGAGUACUUCGCUAACCCUCACUGAUCCAACAUCCUCUCGAGCGACCCUACCACCUUCCUACGCAGUCGCAACUGUACACACCGAAAGCGCACACUCGCUCUCCUUCCCCAACUUUACAUCCGCGCCUCGCGCAUUCGCCUUCCUCACCAACGGCGCACGCGCAUGGAAGGCAUUCGUACGCUGUUAUCCGCUCGCCGUCGUUGGUACGCCAAGUGGAUGGGAAUGGGACUGCACGACCGCGACGUUUGAAAUGAAAGUCCGCGUAGGCGCGGACGAUCGUGCUGGGUUCACGGACGAAGACGCUAUUGCCGCUGCGGAGACAAUCGUAGGCGAGAUGGUGGAACAAGAGGUGCCCACGGAGAUUUUCGUGCCGUUGUUGCACUUUGCGAGGGAUGAUAUUGUCCAGCGCGCGUUUGGGAUUCCUGUUGCGGAGAAGAGGGAGGUUCGUGCGGGACAAGCCGCCAACACUGCCAAUGGCAAUCCUAAUGCGGCGACUGCGGUUCCACUGUUGGAUGAUGCGAGCACGACGUCAUUACCGGGUCCGGCUGUGACGGCAGACGCGUAUACUACUGGUGGCGUACCGAAGAACUCAAUCUCGUCCAAUGGUGAUGACUCGGCUUCUCGCGCAAAAGUCCAACAUGCGCCAGAAGAUGGAGAGGAGGAUAUGCUCGACUUGGACGUGAGCAUCAAUGGGGGAAGAGUUAGCGUUGACGGCCAAGUCUUGCGAUGGUGGUAUCCUAUCCCGACGACGUUUACGGCUCCACCCCAGUCUGAAACUACAACGACGACAGAUAAAACCAAGGAACCUCAAAUGGGACCAGACGGCAAGGUCGAAUACACGAUUACGAUCAAGCGACGUGGAGGCGCGAUUGACUUUAAGAAACUGCAUGUACCCGAGAACUGGGUCGGCAUGGGACCUCGGACGGAUUUCAAAAAGUCGCAGGCGGGUGAUAACGGGAGAAAGGCGGAGUGCUGUGAUGGAUGUGUCGUUCAGUGA